AUGGCUGACCCCAGCUUCCCAGAUUACAGAACUCUUUAUCUGCAGGCGGAAGAGAGACGGUGUCAGGAAGCAGAAGGGAGGCGGCAGGAAGCAGAAGGGAGGCGGCAGGAAGCAGAAGGAAGGCGACAGGAAGCAGAAAGAAGGCGGCAGGCGGAAGAGCGCGAGAAGCGAGAAGCAGAAGGAAGACGGCAGGCAGAAGAGCACAAUCGACCGACCACUUUCACGGAGCUCAUUCAGCACUGCCAUGUCCUUCUCUCCCGAUCGCUGAGAAUUGAUUCACCAUCCCGCUCAACAACUGGGAAAAUACCUCUUCCCACCGGAAAAUACUGCCCGACUCGAUUGGAACAUUGGACCGACUGCCCAGAACAGCUCUCAGAGGUCUACAGGUCCGUCUGUCAAUAUCUUCAGCCCGAGCCGGGAGAGGCACCACGUCUAUUCUCGUCUCUGGCCGAAAUAGAAGGGCUCGGUCGUCGAUUUGCUCGCAAGCCACUUAGUAGCGAGCAAGAACUUGAGGCCUACGAGCGGUUUGGCGUGGAGGAACAUGUCCACGAUAUAAUCAUCGAGCUGUGCAAACUGCCAGCUGCUCGUGAGGAGUUCGGGCUCGGUGAUGGAAUCCAGUUCAGCAAUCAUACGAAUUCCUUGAACGAGAACGAACCCGUUGAAGCUGACGCAAGCCAAUUGCCGAGCACAAGUCACCCACGACCUGACCAGUUUUGCAUAAAUCGUGUCGACGGUAACUCGACCACCGUCCUGACGACGGUCGAGUACAAGCCACCUCACAAGUUGUCUGUUGCAACCUUUCGUAUGGGACUUCGACCAAUGGACCUAUGGAAUGAUAUGGUCAGAUUUAAUAAAAUCCCUACCGACCAGGAAGCAAAGUUGAAGCACAGUGCAGAGCGCCUCGUCUGCUCCGCCAUUGUGCAAGAGUACCAUGUGAUGAUUCAGGAAGGACUCGAAUAUUCAUAUGUGACAAAUGGGCUUACCCGUGUUCUCCUCCGUGUUCCGCGUGACCAGCCUAGCACGGUCUAUUACUUUUUCUGUGAUCCUCACAGCGAAGUAAACCCGGAAAGCGAUACGGUUGUCCAGCUAUGGAAGUCGUCUGUUGCGAGGGUGUUGUGUCUUUGUUUGAUGGCAUUUCGCUCACCCAUCCGUGAGCAAGAAUGGAGAAAUCGCGUGCGCCCAAAUCUUCACAAAUGGAAGACAAACUUCGAUCACACGCGUUCGCAGAUUCCGAGAAGCGAGCUACAGCAAAUCUCCCACUCCGAUAGCACGAACCCUGAUUUUCCAAGUCCGGAGUCUGGUACAUCCUAUGGACUACCAUCGUCGUCUCCGCUGCCGUCUCCCUCGGAGGGCCGUCGAGUGCAUACACGAUCUCAAACCACUUGUGCACCCUCAGAGAUUCGACCGCGCUCGCAAUCACCGGACUCGUCCGGCUCUGACGCUGAUCAAGCAGCUGGCCAUAAGCGGAGGAUCAGCCAAGUCACGCCUUCACCGUCCGCUCGACGAUCAAAUCGCCAGCAAACGACUGGGCCUGACCAAGACGACCAUCAUCGACGCCGUGCCGCACAAUUCUGCACGCAACGAUGUCUGCUCGGUUUGCGGAACGGGGAUGUUCUUGAUGAGUCGUGUCCCAAUGUAGGCCAUCACCGCCGGGGCAAGAACCUCGCGGCUCAGCAUUUAAUCUCGGCCAGGGACAUGAUACUUUUACUGAAAAAUGAGUUGGACGAGAAUAUAGAUCGUUGCAUCCCCCUGGGGGAUUGCGGCUCAUACGGUGCCCCAUUCAAACUUACCUGCAUGGAAUAUGGUUACACGGUCAUCGGUAAAGGCACCACGUCAGGAUUAUGGGAAGAAGUUUCCCGCGAAGCGCAAGUUUAUCGAGUGCUGCGCAAGGCCCAAGGAUCCGCUGUACCUGUAUUCUUGGGUACGAUUGACUUGGCAAAAAUCUAUUUUCUUCAUGGCGCUGGAGAAAUUUGUCACAUGCUCGUAAUGGGCUGGGGAGGCGAAUGCACAGCGACGAUGGAGCUGACGCAGUGGCUUCGCCGCGAGAUACACAAAUCGAACAAGGAAAUUAGAGCCCUUGGUAUAACACAUGACGACCUGCGGCGAGACAAUGUCCUUUGGAGUGAAGAGCUUGGCCGUGCUUUGAUCAUUGACUUCCAUCGCUCUACUUUGAAAUGUCGACCGGCUUUACAACGGUCGGGGGCAGCCAAACGACGACGACUAUGUCAAACAGAGGCAGGAGAUGCAAAACGUUUUCGUAUCUCUUGA